AUGGUUUUACUACUCUCACAGAAACUAGAAUUCCGGUACAUUGAUUUGAUCCCUAGUGCCCAUACUCGUACCGUUCGGUCGAUCAAUUGGUUUCCCAAGGGUGACCUCUUGGCCUCUGGUUCAUUUGACUCGACAGCUUUGAUUUGGACCAAUCGCAAAUUUGAUCAAAGACUCAAUCAAGCCAAUGCUCAGGACUUGGAAGACAAACCGGGAAGAGCUAGAUUGCCCAUCCUUGAUGGUGAGGAAGAGGGCAAAGAGAGCUGGGAGUGUUUGAUGUCACUUGAAGGGCAUGAGAGCGAAGUCAAAGGAGUCGCAUGGAACCGGAACGGAAAUCUGUUGGCAACCUGCUCUUGGGAUAAGAGUGUAUGGAUCUGGGAGAUCCUGGUCGGAAAUGAGUUGCAGGAUCAUCAGAACGUGAUCCAGGAUGAUGAAGGCUACAAAGUGAUCUCAGUCUUAAUAAGACGUCAAAUCGGGUGGUUGAUCGGCACCAGCUAUGUAGCCUCUCCUCAAGUUGAGCUUAAAGAGGCUCGGUAG